AUGUCUGCAGAUCUCGAGAUCAGAGCCGUCCCAAUCAUGAAGGCGGCGGCGGCGCCGCCAUCUUCUCAAGAAUCGGAGAAAGUGGCCAUGAGCAGCGAGUGCUAUACGCCGAAGUCGGCGGAGCACCGGAUUCCGGCGAUGGUGAGCUGCCCGCCGGCGCCGAGGAAGCCGAGGCGAGGGAGCCUCCUCGCGUGCAAGAGGAGGUUCUACGAGAUCGACUUCUACGAGGCCGUGGCCGAGGACCAGAUCGAGUCGUUUUUUAGGAGGGCCGAGGUGAAGCGGAGAUGCGUAGUGUAA